AUGAAUAUAGGUGCUCAACGUAGCCUUUUUAAUACGAUUGCUGCUGAAAGUGUUCAUUUAGCACUAUGGUCAUCUAUUAUGAGUGUUGGUAGUGGCCUAGGUGAAAUUUUUAUUAAUCAUGAUGCUCGUAUGCAUAUUGAUGGUGAACAUGCAAUACCACAAUUGAUUGCAGCACAUAAACGAUCGAAAUAUUUAACAAAUUUAUUGCUAAUAAUAAGUGGGGUUUCAGGCGCAUUAACUUAUCAACAAACAAAAGAUAAUUAUUGGCUUAUUGGCUCGGGUUUAAUGUUUGCUGGAAUUCCAUAUUGUGUAUUGCUUGAAUAUCCAGUUACUGAACAACUUAAAUUUUUAACACUUGAUGCUAAGUCAGAAAAAACAAAAACAUUAUUGGCUGCAUGGGGUAAUAUUCAACUUGGUAAAUUAGCAUUAGCCUUUGGUGGAGCAACAAUCUUUUAUUGGUUUGCUCGUCGCUGA